UGUCCCGGAGGACUUCCAGUGGAUCUACAAAACAGUAUGUGGGUUAAUGAUGCUGAAUCGAACACAUUAACAUUUGGAAGGAACACUUUUUCGGGAUUUAGUUUCCAAGACACUGGGACAAAUUUUAACGCUUUCACUUGUGUCAGUAGCGAUGAUAAUGUAUAUGUCUUCGGGAGUGAUAACAGCCUUUCAUCACCUUCUGGCAGUUCUGAGUACUAUUAUCUGUGUAUGAGGAUAACGAAAGUUACUGAAAAUUCAUAUUAUUAUUACUUAUUAGGAGAAUUAAAUACUGAUACAUUUCCACAUAUAAGAGCUACAAAGAGCAGCGUCCGACCAAGUUCAUCCAGUUCCCUUCCACCAUGUGAUAUCUGUAGUGACAAGAACGAUGGAAAUACGGAAGCCUCUUUUCUUCGAAGAGAAACAGUUCUGUCUGUGCCAUCAGUGACAGCAGAUCCACUUUGUUUACCGUGUAAUAAGACACAGAUAGAGUGUGAUAUCACAGCAGAAACAACAACACCCGCUGAACCCAUAACAACCAAGCCUGAACAAAAGACUCGUCACGGACAUUGCUGGAAGAAAAAUCACCGACAUCCUUAGCUGUAUCAUAUAAGAACAUAGUCGA